AAUAUCGAAAAACCCUUAAACCCCUUCUCGAAGUUUCCCGUAAAAUCCCCUUUUUAGUUUCUUCUCUCUUCAUCUUCUACCAAAAAACCUGAACUUCUCUGCUUCGUUUUGAUCAGUGGGAUUAUAUUGAGUAGCCGAAUGAAAUAGCUGAUCCCAUGUUUAAUUUGGUACAUUGAUCCUGUUGAUUGAUUGAUUUUGCUGUCGCCUUCAGCAGAGCUGGUCGUCUCAUUAGCUUUGACGGACAAAUUCCACUAUAGCACAAGUUUUAUCUGGCACAACUGGUUUUCUCCUUUCCGUUAGAUGGGUGAGAAAGAUUUGGAAAUUGAGGAAACAAGUCCACCAUGUAGAGAAGAUGAAACUAAAACACAAGUUGGAAAAGUAAAAAAGAAGAAGAAGGUGAAGGCUGAAAAGCGUGGAGUUUGUCACGUAAGUAGAGUACCGCCUCGUAUGGACCAUGUGAAACUUCGCCAGGUUCUUUCUCAGUUUGGAGAAAUUCAGAGAAUAUAUCUUGUACCUGAAGCUGCUGCUGCUCAAAUGAAUCGGAAACGGGCAGGUGGAUUCCGAGGACAAGCAUUUUCAGAAGGGUGGGUUGAGUUUACAAAAAAGAGUGUUGCCAAAAGAGUCGCAAAUAUGUUAAAUGGUCAACAGAUGGGUGGAAGAAAAAGGUCAUCAUUCUAUUAUGACAUUUGGAAUGUCAAGUACUUGUCUAAAAUCAAAUGGGAUGAUGUUACUGAUGAAAUCGCACAAAGGCAUGCAGUUCGUGAGCAGAAACUAGCUUUGGAGCUUUCUGCUGCUAAGAGGGAGCGUGAUUUCUACCUUACACAAGUUGAUAAAUCUCGUGCUUUAAGUUCUAUUGAAGAACGAAUGAAGAAGAAGCAAAAGGUGCAACAGGAAUCUGGGGUAAUUUCUGAUUUCCCAAGUGAUCAGUUUGCACCAAAGGUGAUACGACAAUUUCCCCAGAAAAAACCUGUGGCAGAUCAAGCUGGGAAACUCAAGCCUAGUCUGUCUAAGGACGUUUUGGCCGGAGUAUUUGGUGGUCAAUGACAAGGGCGUACCAGUGCAAACAUUUCAGAAAUUGUGCUUCCCAAGUGAUGAGUUGAGGAAAUUAGGUCUCUUUGGAUUGUCUUGGCAUCUAUGAUCAUUCACUUGCCAUCAAAGUUGGAGUCCAUUUUUUCCUAUGGUAUGUAAGCAAAAUGUUGUCCAUUGUUUCUACAAUUCUAACUCAUAUAUUUGCAAGUAGCGUUCAGGUUCGAGCUGUUGAAACAGUCGCAACGUAUGAUUCAAGCACAGGGGAUGAGGGGUUAUGUAUUGAUUGAUGUAUUCUUUUUUUUUAUCUUCUUUUAAUGGAAAUUAAACAACUUCUUUUGAUAGAUGAAUCUUGAUUUCUUUAAUUUCUUAUAUAUUGAGAUUGAUGUGCAUAAUUAGGAUAUGUUAAAGAUUAUAAGAUUCGGUUAA